AACCAUGUUCCAUGGGGAACAACGGAACAACUCCAGGCCAUAGAUGAGGUCCCAGGGUUGAAGUCCUGAUCCUGUCUUCUACUAGCUGGGUGACCCUGCGUAAGCCCACUGCUUAUCCAGCCUCAGCUUCCCUAUCUGUGCAGAGUGAGCUGGGCUAGGGGAUGUUUCAGGGCGGUGUUGCCCUGGUCCUCACCACAAGCCACUGUCACCGGAGCAGGCAGGGCCAAGCUGAGACAGGGCCCAGUGCUGUGGGGCGGUUUCCUCGUGGCAGGUGGGGGCUCCAUGCAGGAGGAGAAGCCCGUACAAGGGGUCCCAUCUGAGUCCAAGUAACCCUAGUGAGCUCGGGACCCAGAUUAUCAGGUGAGGACACCCCCUCGCCUGAUGGCGGUGUCCUUUGUCCAGAGAAGGGGACUGUGGCCCUACUCCCAGGUGAGGCCAAGCCUGCCCUGGAAACAUCCCUCACCUUCCUCUCUAAAAGCUCAGGCCCAGCAGAGGCUGGACACAGGAACCUAAGGGGCAGAACAUGGAGCUCCUGGGGUCCUCAGAGCGCAGGCUUCUUCCUAAGGGCAUGUCGGAAACACGCCCUGGGACAGUCUGUCCUGACAUACGGGUGCAGGUGCUGUCCGCCCUGGACCCAGCGCCUCCCUGCCAGCCCCACCCUUCCCUGCAAGUGAGCCAGACUUCAUCUUCAGCCAGAACCCCCCAAGCACAUAUCCCCCUGCCUGCUGGUGAUUCCAUCCCUGACACCUCACAUCACGUUCAUCCCAAACUGAGCUGAGUAGCUGCCCCCACCCCAAUCUGUUCCCCCUUUACUUUCCUCAGUCACUCAAGCCAGAGCGGCCUUUCCUGCACCCCCACAUCUAAUCUCUGAGCAGCCCCUCGUGAUUCCCCAGCCACCCUUCAGGUCCCUCUCCUCCUCUCCAUGGCCUCUGCCCCUGGCCCGUACAGCCUCCCCAUCUCUCACCCGACCACAGCCAAAUCUUCCUGCCUCCCGUCUGGCCCCCUCCAACUCAUUUUUCACCUGGCAGCCCAGAGAUAUAUUUGGAAAAUGCCAAUCUGACCACUCCAUUCCACUGCUUUAAACUCUUCAACAGCCCUUUAUAAAGCACACUUCCCUCUUGAAAAGCCUGCUGUGAUCUGGCCCACCUGUCCGGCCUCAUCUCUCAGCCCCACCCUGCCCAUCUCCGCUCUGUGGGCAAGUUCUGGCUCUGCUUGCGGAGCCCCUAACAUCGCUACACACAGCGCGGCCUCUGCCCGCAAUGCCUGUGCCCCUCUGCCCGCUGAGCUCCCACUAGCCUUCCAGGCCCAGAUCAAAUGUCUCCUCUGAGAACCACCUUCCCCCUCCCCCCAUCCGCAGACAGAGCUGGUGGCACCCUCCCCUGGGUACUCCCAGAGCAUUUCCCAUCAUGCACCGCAAAGGCUUAUUUACGGGUCUGACUGGGGCCUGGCUGAACUCCUUGAGGACAGAGCCCUGCCUUAUUUAUCUUCUGUCCAUAGAGACUCAGUGUGAGAAGGUGGAGGGUGGGGGCAGGGGGGAAGCAGAAGGAAGAAAGAGAGGCAGGAAAAAAAAGAGGAAAGAAGAAAUGAACAAGUCAAGCAAAGAUAUCAGGGGAAAAUUCAUUGAUUCAUGCAUCCGUCCAUCCAUUCAUUCAUUCAACGAAUACCUAUUGAAUUCCUAUCAGGCCCAUUCUAGGCACUAAGGAUACAAUUAGCAAGCUCAAGUGACUGGCAACUGACCCUCAGCAUUUCCAGGUGACUCUGCUGUAUGUGUGUGUGUGUGUGUGUGUGUCCAUGUGUGUGCGAGCCCUUCUGUCUGCAAGGGCCUGCUGCCGGGGCACCUGUCUUCCCCGGGGCCUGGUGCUUUUAGCAUCUGUCCCAGGAUCCUGUUGCAGCCCGAAAUAAGGCUGUGAGCCAUGACAAGGCAGGAACUGGCUGAGGCCGGAGCUGGCUGCAAGGGCACCCCCCGCUCAGACUCGACCGAGGACCGCUAGCACCUACGUGACUACUCCGCUCUCAGCUUCCCGACAGCAGUGUUCAUCUUGGGGGUCUGACAUUCCCUCCUGCCCACUGUGGUCCUGUCACUCAGGAUGAUCCCUAAGGAGCAGAAGGGGCCAGCGAUGGCUGCCGUGGGGGACCUCACUGGACCAGAACCCUUGCUGGACCUGGGCAAGAAGCUGAGCGUGCCCCAGGACUUGAUGAUGGAGGAGCUGUCGCUGCGCAACAACAGAGGGUCCCUCCUCUUCCAGAAGAGGCAGCGCCGGGCGCAGAAGUUCACCUUUGAGUUUGCAGCCAGCCCGCGGGUGAUAGUGGAUGGAAGCACCAAGGGGAAGGUGACAGGAUCGAAGGUGACAGGAACAGCGGAGCUGGGGACGGUGAGCAUUCAGGGAGCCCCUGCAAGAGGGGAAGCUGGGGGGAGAGGGCAGGCUGCUCUGUGCGGGAGUCCAUGGCCUCUGAGUACCCGCCCCUGUGCCCAGGUUGCCAACGGCCUCGAGGCGCAGAACUGCCGCUCUGAGCUCCACACCUUCCCAGCCUCAUCCGGGGGCCCCGAGGACGCCCAGUCUGCAGCCUUCUCCGCAGAGCGCGCCCGCAGCCCCAGUGCCCUGGCACCUGGCUAUGCCGAGCCACUGAAAGGCAUCCCACCAGAGAAGUUCAACCACACAGCCAUCCCCAAGGGCUACCGCUGCCCUUGGCAGGAGUUCAUCAGCUACCGGGACUACCAGAGAGAUGGCAGAAGUCACACCCCCAGCCUUUUCCAGUAUCGAAAUUUCAACAAGACCCCGGUGCCCUUUGGAGGACCCCUGGUGGGGGAGACCGUUCCCAGGGCAGGCACCCCCUUUGUCCCGGAGCUCAUCAGUGGCUUGGAACUCCUUCGUCUCAGACCCAGCUUCAACAGAGUGGCACAGGGCUGGGUCCGCAACCUCCCCGAGUCCGAGGACCUGUAGCCUCAGCCUGAAUAUUCAAUUCCCCUGUCUUGGUGUUCAGGUAACAUCUUGGAGUCAAGACUUCUAGACAGCACUUCACAGUUCAUGAAGGGUCUUCACACACAAAACCUUAUUGCAAAUGGCCUCAAAGGCCACAAAGUUCAGUAGUCCCCAAAUGGGGUGUGUUUCAAAAUUUCCUGGGGAUGAUGUUUUGCAUACAGAUUUCUGGCCUGCCCCUGACUUGCAGCACUCAAAUCCCCUGAGUUGGGGAAUUUCUAUUAGUAGCCAACACUCCCAGGUGAUUCCAGUGAAACUUGUUCAUGGUUUGAGUCUUUAGGCAUCCAAGCCACCAGUGAAUUCACACCCAUGCCUCCACUCUUCCCUGCUCAUGGACUCCGGCUUAACACUCCCGACAGGGAGCUUGCUGGCAGCCCAUUUACCUGUGGAUAACUCUGAUAAUUAGAAACUUUUUCCUUUCAUUGAGAUGCAGAUUUAAACAUUUGCUAAGUGCAGACCGUGUGCUGGCCGCCCUGCCAGCCCUGGGGACAGCGUGCGGCGAGUGCGCCUGGGCCCUGGCCUAGGAGAAGACAGGACGGUAGGCAAGACAGAUCUGUAAAGCAGUAGAUCUGUGCAUUUUCCCCGCAGCACACUGACAGCUGAGGAAGAAAGUGCCGUGAGGGGAUGUGUCCCCUGGGGAUGGGGUGGGACUCCGAGAAGCUUCUCAGAGACUUUGGCAGGACCCCAGAGGAGGAGUGAGAGCCAUCGAGGGCAGUGGGAGUGAUGGAGGGCGUUCCUGCCUAGUGGACCAGAGUGUGCAAAGUGUGGAAUUAUGCACAGGGGGUGGUGUUCUAGAGAAAGGGGGGAGGGUUGUGUUAGAGGUGUCCGUGAGGGCCAGCACUGCGGGGGCUUUACUAAGGAGAUGAGGGCGGGUUUUAAGCUGGGGAGUGAUGGGUCUUGCUAUGUGGGGCACAGGUCGGUGAGGACUAAGGCCAGAAGCCAGGAAGCCUUCAGGGAACAAGGUCUAGACUAGGGAAAUGGCCAUGGGGAUGGAAAGAAGGGGCACCCUCUGUGCACCUUACAGGUCAGGUGCAAUGUGGGGCCCCUGUAAAGUCCUCUUCUUUCUUUUCUCCUUCCACUCACCGUCCUGUGCAAGCCUCAGGGGUUAAUCUUGUCCUAGUCUCCACAGCGCUAGUUCAGGGCUGUAUCCAGCUCACUAGGAAAAGGAGAGAAAGGAAUGCCUCCUUAGCUCAACUGACAAUGAGGACAAUGACAAUGAUGGUGGUGAUGGCUGCUUUUUAUUGGGUGCUUCAGUGCUUGGGCUGGUGGUAGAUUCUCUACAAUGCUAUUUAUUUUCAGUCCAACCGCAAGGGAAAGGUAUUGUCUCAUUUUCCAGAUGUGGAUAUCCAGGCUCGAAAGACAUGGCUUGUCCAGGGACACAGCCAAAAUGGGAACGUCCAAUUCCAGUGGCUGUCCCUUUUCACCUCACUGGGUGCCCAGGCCAAUGCCCACUCGCUCUGGAACCAUCUAAGCAUGGUGUCCUGCCUUAGGGCUUAGAGGUGAAAAGUGUAGGUUGGGAAGUCAGACUGGAUGGGAUGGGCUCAAACUGCUACUGCUAGCCGUGUGAACUUGAGCAAGUCAUUUCUCACCAGUAGCCUCCAUCUCUCCACCUGUAAGAUGAGGACAAGGCCAGAAGGCCCUGGGUAGGGCUGUUGUGAGCACAGUGAUGGACACAUACCUAAGAAGACUUCGGUCAUUAUUAGACUUCACGCAGCUACUGCUCUUGACUGGAAAAAGAUGUUCUUGCUCUUGAGAAGCUGGCUGCAAGAUGUCAUCAGGGUCAGUAAAACUUAAGCUGGAAGGAAAGCCUCUGAUUACUGUAGGGCUCCCUGUGGACGUGGACAUGGAAUUACCUCCCUCUGCCUCCUCCCUGACUCCCUCUCUUGGGGAGAUGAGAAGGUGAGAGAUCCAGCCAGUUCUCAGGGUGCCUGGGAUAGUGGUUACAUUUUCCUUUUGUUCUGGACUUUCACUGCACCCCACACCAUCUCAAGGGGCCAGCAGCGUAUUAGACUUGCCUGCCACUGGUGUGUUGUCUUGAACUGGGGGCUGCUGUUGAAAGCCACAUCUGCAUGAGCUGAAAACCAACCAUGAAAUUGUCUGACACAUAAAGGAGAGGAUCUGGACUACCUUGGAUUGGCUCUACUGUGUUCUGGACGGCGAUGGCCGCCACGAACUACAGGAGAGGAGAGCCUGCUGCACCCGAAAGCAAAUCCACAUUUUUUCUUCUGAUAAUGUGACUUUCACUGAUGUUGUUAAAAAAAAAAAAAAGGAAUGCUUAUUACCUAAAAAACAAGUAAAAUGUGGAAAGAUUGGCCCACAUAGCUCCUCCCACGCUCACAGACUUUCCCAGCCCCCUGCAUUCUGCCUCAUCUCCACAUACUGUAGGUAACCAUGGGUGACCUUCUAGAAUUCUAGAAUUAUUUGAAUAAAUAUGUAGUGUGUAUAAAUGCAUAGGUACAAAAAUAUCUUUGUUUAAUGGGAUCAUACUGUAUGUACUAUUCUGUAUUUUGCAUAUGUAUUCAACAAUAAGUGAAAUAUGGAUCCUGAAAAUGCAGGCCAGUAACCUUUCAUGUAACUUGUGGGCCUAGCGAACCCUUCAUACAAAAUCCAAUUAUUCGCCUGUUCAUAGAAAAUUCUAUGCUUUUGGCCAUUCUGUUCCUUACCUAAAUGAAAUCAUACAGUGAUAUGGAAACGAAAAGGACUGAGAGCAGCCAGGACGUUGGGAAAGCAGACAUGAGCUAUGGUAGCGAUAAGCGGAGAUGAGCUGGGUUCCACGUAACGGCGUGGACGCAGCGCAAACACAAUCGGCAAGCAAAGGAAGGCGGAUACAAACAUGUAUGUGUGCUGUUGCAGGGAAGGGUUCAUGUAGAAGUCGGGAUGGGGUUAGCUUUGGGAGGAAGGAAAGGUUGGUGAUUGUGAAGGGAUAAAAUGCUUCUGGGGAAAGCGGGACAAUUUCCAUUGCUGGACUCGGGUGACUGUUACACAGGUGUUCACGCUAGAAUAUUACCUUCAGUUGUACAUCUGUAUUUUACACACUUGUUCUGUACCUGUGUUAUAUUUUACCAAACAAUCCCUCCUUUUAAAAAGUGAAUGGACAAAUCAGUAAGGUGAAGAGACAGUAUGAAAGAGAAUUUAAAAAGACAUGGAGAAUACAAUGAAAGUGUCUGACAGUACUGAUAGGAAUUCCAGAAGAUGCUUUAAAAUGACUGGGUUUUCUCCAGAUUUGAUAAAAGACAUAAAUUCACACCAUCCUCACCCCGUCAUGGGAAGGGAUAUUAAAUCCACACUUAAGAACCACUGUACUGAGGGGCACCUGGGUGGUUCAGUCGUUAAGCAUCUGCCUUCAGCUCAGGACAUGAUCCCAGGGUCCUGGGAUCCAGCCCCACAUCGGGCUCCCUGCUCAGCGGGAAGUCUGCAUCUCCCUCUCACCCCUCGCCCUGCCCUUCUUCCCUCCCCCACUCGAGCUAGCACUUGCAUUCUCUUUUUCUCUCUCAAAUUAAAUCUUUAAAAAAAAAAUCACUGUAUUGAAAUUUGAAAUUGUGGAACUCCAAAGUCACAGAGAAAUUUCAAGAAAGUUGAGGGGCUCCUGGGUGGCACAGCGGUUAAGCGUCUGCCUUCGGCUCAGGGCGUGAUCCCGGCGUUAUGGGAUCGAGCCCCCAUGUCAGGCUCCUCCGCUAUG